AUGUUCCUCGCCGCUGUGAGGCUGCUCCCUGCUUUCUUGUUGGCAGCCUGCGGGCGCAGUUCCUUCACCGCCUUCGCCCAGGAGCAUGCGGGCCUCGGAAGCCUGCUGCAUGGUGCCCAGGGCCUGAGUCCCCACGCCCAGACAGCCCGACGGCUCCAGCUGGCUGCCAUGGCUACGCAAUGCCUGGGUAAGUGCAAGGGCCUUGGGGCCUUGUACGUUGACAUGCUGCCAUACAUGUCGACUCCCGAGCCUGGGGCGAGCUUAGGGUUGGGUGAUCUCCUCGGGAGCGGCAUGCAGUCGAUGCUCGGAGGAUCGAUGGGAGCAGUGUUUGGCACCGUCUGCGCACACUCGGCCACCCUUUCGUGCAUGAGGACAGAGUGCGUCCCACCCGAUGGAGGCUUAUCCAGGGGAAUCGAGACGGCGCUCAGCGAGGCGCCCUGCCUUUGCGAAGCCUGCCCCCAGUUCAUGACGGCCGUCGCAGACAUGCAAUCGCUCUCCGCGAGCCUGGGAAAUGUCAGCCAGGGGUCGACUGAGUACCUGAGCAUUCUGUGCCCGAUGAUUGGCCCCGUGGAGUGCGCCACGAACAGCACACAGUGCACGGCGUUUUCCUCUGCGAUGUCGGGUCACGCGCGGGGGACUUGA